ACAACUUUAGGGGCAAUUUUACCCCUUUUCCCAUAUAUACGUCUCGGAAGAGCGCAUCUAAAAUGGCCGCUGGUGCAGUUUCCGGAUGCAUAUUUUGUCAAAUCGCCACCACUUCCACCUGUACCACUCUCCUCCACUCCGAUGAAAAUGUAGUAGCUUUUCAGGAUAUCAACCCUUCAGCUCUCAGGCAUUACUUGGUAAUUCCAAAGGAGCAUAUUCCUACCGUUAAAGAUCUCAAGAAAAGCCAUAAUGACUACUCCUUGGUGAACCACAUGCUAGAUGUUGGAAAGAGUUUGUUAUGCAGAGAUGCACCUCAGAGCAAGCAAUACAGGUACAAAUUCUUGAAGACAUGGAAUUUGAUGGAAGUUUUCUCGCACUUAAAAUAAAUGUAUAUAGUGAAGACCUCAAGUUGAUGGCAGUUAAAUGAGGUUAACACCGUGGUAUGAUCUUGGUCACAAACAUAGUGGUGCGGUCUCUUUUCCCAGCUGGGUCUGCUGUCUGAUUUAGAACUUGGUCUGCUCUGGACCUGUGAUUUUUUUGUCAGAUUUGGAUUUCAUCAGCCUCCUCUGAACAGUGUUAACCACCUUCAUCUCCAUUGCUUAGCACUUCCUUAUGUUCCCAGAUGGAGAUGUGUGAAGUACACAUCUUUGGGACCACUUGGGGGAUUCAUUGAAGCUGAAAAUUUGUUGCAGAAACUAAAGCUACAAUAACUCAGCCUUGAUGAAUGUAAUAAAUGCAGUAAUAACUCAGUAACUUUUAAAAAAAGAAUUCAGUAAUUGUGACUCUGAGGUAUGGUCUUUCCGGGUGAAUCAAGGUAGGUAAUUCCAAGCUUUAAUAUCGGCUCACUCUUUUACUUUGGUACAAUAUACGUGUGUGAUAUUAUAAUACUUUGUACUGGUGUACGUUUUUAGAGUCUCUAAAAGCAGAGAGAGAAUCUAGUCAUCUAGCGUUUGCUUAU